CUUGCCAUUGCUUGAUUUGCUUCUCUCUUAACUCCCUCCCCUCUCCUUCAGAAAGUGCAAUGGCGGUGAGUUCCAGGGGCGGGACGAUAGAGUCUGGGGUCGUUUCAAGGAAGUGGAAAGAGAGAGUAGAAAUAAGCCCCGAAAGAAACAAGGUCUGGGUUGAACCCAAGCCUCUCAACACCCUUGUUGAAAGAAAAGUUGCUGUUGUUUACUACUUAUCUAGAAAUGGUCAACUUCAACACCCUCAUUUCAUGCAAGUUCCUCUCUCUUCUAAUGCUGGACUUUAUCUCAAAGAUGUAAUCAAACGGCUAAACCUCCUACGAGGCAAAGGCAUGGCUAGUCUAUACUCUUGGUCCUCCAAACGGAGUUACAAAAACGGCUUCGUUUGGCAUGACUUAGCGGAGGACGAUUUCAUUUACCCAUCUCACGGCCAAGAAUACGUCCUCAAAGGAUCGGAGAUUCUCGACCACUCGAUUAAUCUACUCGAGUCUGAAAAGUUAGAGAAAGAUCAUGAUUUUCAGCCAAUCAGACGGCAGAGGGAUCCGUCUCGGAGUUCUAUUGAUCUCCCUGAGCACAAAUUUUUCACGGCUGAUUCAAGCUCCGACUCGCCUGGAAAACUCGCUGCCGACGCGUCGACUCAGACUGAUGACAAGAGGAGAAAACUGGUGGUUAAAGAACCGAAAAUUGAAACGCUACAAAGUCAAGAAUUGGAGCAGAAUCAAAGUACGGAGCUGAGAAGGGAAGAUAUUUCGCCGCCACGGCCGUCGGAUUCGAGCUCGGAGACAUUGGAAUCGUUGAUGAAAGCCGAUGCACGGCGGAGUUUGUGCGAGGGUGAUGGUAAAGAAGACAAUUUGAAUCGGAGCGGGAGAAUGAAAGCGUCGGCCGUUUUGAUGCAGUUGAUAUCAUGCGGUUCGGUCUCGAUCAAGGAAUUUGGGGGCGAAUCGGAGAGGGGUCAAGGGUUUUCAUUGACUGGGCACUACCAAUCGAGGCUGCCACGCGGAGCAGGGAAUCGUAACCAAAUGGGGAAAGAGCAUUUCAGUGGGAGCUUGAGUGAGACCAAGAGAGAAGGAGCUCCUGAUUUGAAAAGGAGCUCGGGGUUGCAGUUGGCAGAAAGGGAGACGAAGGCGAAAGCUGGCUCAACGAAGAAACAAGGCAAACAUGAUACAACAAAAUCAUCAUGAUUCGCAUAGAUAUCUGGAAACUUCUAGCUAUGCGAAUUGUAGUAGAUCUGUGGCUUUGUUGUAACAAAGCAGAGAAGAGAAUGACAAUGAAGAUAUCUAUUAGUUUUGACUCUGAUUUGAUAUUA